AUGAUGUCCCUCUUUCGCACACCAGGUGAAUCACAAAAGAUCGUUCACCUAAUGACAGCCUUCCAGUCCGCCUACGUUGAGCAGAACUUAACCCGGGUGAAGGCACAAUUCCGCAAUCCCGAAUCAGUGAUGAUCCUUGCCUAUGCGAUAAUUAUGCUCCACACCGACAUGUACAGUCCCAAUGUCCGACCUGAUUCCAAGAUGUCUAGGGAGGAUUUUGUGAACAAUCUCAGGGGAAUCGAUGAUGGUGAGGAUCUUGAUCGAAAUCUCUUAUUGGCAAUCUACGAUCGAAUGCAGAUGGGAGAGAUGCUAGUUGCACCAGAUCAUACGGAUCAAGUGCGACGAGUCUAUCGUCUCCUUACUGGUCCUCUUCGGCCGACAAACCUUGUCCUACCUCACCGUCGUCUUGUUUGCUACUGUCGGCUCUAUGAGGUUCAAGACAAAACAAAGCGAGAUCGCAGUGGACCACAUCAACGCGAUAUCUUUCUUUUCAACGACCUCCUCCUGGUCACAAAGGCAAUUCACAAACGACGGAAGGAGUCUUCAUCCAAUUCUAACUCUGGUACCUCUACAACUUAUCAAGUUCGAAAUGUAAUCACUCUCCUGGGUAUCCGAGUGACCACUUUCGAGACCCAACACUACGAAAAUGGAUUCUCUCUCUACCGGAUAGAUCAAUCAAGCGCGUCUUCCCAGAUUGGAGAAUGCGAGGCGGAGAAAAAGAAGGGGGGAAAUAAAUCAAGGAAUGGAAGUCAGAAAGAAGCCAGCAGUGAAGCAUCCAGAGGUACUCCAAUGAUUAGUUUCAAUGCCAAAACUCAGUCAGACAAGUUAAGACUGCUUGAGGACAUUCAAGAGUGCAUAAUGGAGACCACUGAAAUGGAUCGAGUGCGAUUGGAUGAUGUUCUCUGCAAGCAAAGCUCUUCUGUUCCCAAACGCUCCACGACAGUUGCUGAAGCUCCAGUUUCUGCGGCGAAAGUUUACAGUCUCCCCCCAGGAACUGCUGUACCAGUUGCAGUAACCGCCAAAGUCCCCACGGCUUCUCAUACUCGACAGACGCGUUCUGGGGCUUGUCAUUAUCAAUCUCAAUUGAGUACUGAUGGUUUGCUUUCAGCUCGUGGGGUGACCACUUGUAUGCCUGGAAAUUAUUAUGCUGGUCAGAGUCACACGUAUCAUGUUCCCUCAUCUCAACGACCUAGGGCUUAUCUCUAUCAGCGACCCAGCGAGCCAUCUCAUUGA